AUGGACGCGGUGAACGGAACGCGCCUCUCGGCACACUUCUCCGGCCCGGGCGCCGCACCGGACAUGCAGGGCCUCUCAUCGGCCACCGCCACCUCCGCCACCGACAACCAGCCCAAGACGCUCUACAUCCUCAUCCUCGUCUCCUUCUACGGCUUCUUCCUGCUGCUCGUGCUGCUCGGCUACCUGCGCACCAAGAAGCCGCUGAGCUCCCAGGACCCGUUCCACUACGUGCAGCGCGAGUGGCUGGCGCCCGCGCGGCCCGCCGCCGCCGCGGCCGCCGGGAGGCCGUCGUCGUCGGCGGCGACGACGACGGGGGAGCCGGCGCGCUGCCCCAGCGCCUCCUCUUCCGGCUCCUCGGCCUCCGCCUCCUCGAGGGUCACGGCGGCCGCGUCGGGGCCGUCAGGGGUGCCCGAGAUCCGCGUGGAGGCGCCGACCGGCGAGGGGAAGCUGCGGCCGCUGUGCCUGGCCGAGCGGCGCAUGGGCAUCGCGGCCGUGUAG